AUGAGCAGCAGUUUCUAUGUCAACCUGGGCUCUGGGAGAGACAUCGCCUUCCACCUGAAAGCCUAUUUUGAUGAGAACGCUGUGGUCUGCAGCACCCAGAUCAACAGCUCCUGGGGAUCUGAAGAGCUGAGCCUGCCUGGAAAAUUGCCCUUCAACAGGGGCCAGAAAUUCUCAGUGUGGAUCAUGUGUGAAGGCCACUGCUUCAGGGUGUCUGUGGACGGACAACACCUGUGUGAAUUUCACCACCUGCAGAACCUGCCAGCCAUCAACUGCCUAGAAGUAGCAGGUGACAUCCAGCUGACCCACUUGCAGUCCUAGACAGGUGCCCUGGCCCUGGGGAUGAGGGCUGGGGUAUG